GGGGGUAGAGGGGUGGGAGGAGGUUGCGGUGCGGUGACCCCGCCGGCCGUCGCCAUACGCUGCCCGUCCGCUCCCGCAGCAGCAUGUUACGCGCAGCUGCGCUCGCUGCCGGCCUCCGGCCCCGCCUGGGCCGCCUUAUGUCCGCCGCCACCACCCAGGCCGUGCCCGCCCCCAACCAGCAGCCCGAGGUCUUCUACAAUCAGAUCUUCAUAAACAAUGAGUGGCACGAUGCCGUCAGCAAGAAAACUUUCCCCACUGUCAAUCCAUCCACUGGGGAAGUCAUCUGUCAGGUUGCUGAAGGUGACAAGGAAGAUGUGGACAGGGCAGUAAAGGCUGCCCGGGCUGCCUUCCAGCUGGGCUCACCCUGGCGCCGCAUGGACGCGUCUGACAGGGGCCGGCUGCUGAACCGCCUGGCUGAUCUGAUUGAGCGGGACCGGACCUACCUGGCAGCCUUGGAGACCCUGGAUAAUGGAAAGCCCUAUGUCAUCUCCUACCUGGUGGAUUUGGACAUGGUCCUCAAAUGUUUCCGUUAUUAUGCCGGCUGGGCUGAUAAGUACCAUGGGAAAACCAUUCCCAUCGAUGGGGACUUCUUCAGCUACACCCGCCAUGAACCUGUUGGGGUGUGUGGGCAGAUCAUUCCGUGGAACUUCCCACUCUUGAUGCAAGCAUGGAAACUGGGCCCAGCCUUGGCAACUGGAAACGUGGUUGUGAUGAAGGUGGCUGAGCAGACUCCACUCACCGCUCUCUACAUAGCCAACUUGAUUAAGGAGGCUGGCUUUCCCCCUGGCGUGGUCAAUAUUGUUCCUGGAUUUGGCCCCACUGCUGGGGCCGCCAUCGCCUCCCAUGAGGAUGUGGACAAAGUGGCCUUUACAGGCUCCACUGAGGUUGGCCACCUAAUCCAGAUUGCUUCAGGGAACAGUAACCUCAAGAGAGUAACCCUGGAGCUGGGAGGAAAGAGCCCCAAUAUCAUCAUGUCAGAUGCUGACAUGGACUGGGCCGUGGAGCAGGCCCACUUCGCCCUGUUCUUCAACCAGGGCCAGUGCUGCUGUGCAGGCUCCCGAACCUUUGUGCAGGAGGACGUUUAUGCUGAGUUUGUGGAGCGGAGUGUUGCCCGGGCCAGGUCUCGUGUGGUUGGGAACCCCUUUGACAGCCAGACGGAGCAGGGGCCCCAGGUCAAUGAAACUCAGUUUAAGAAAGUCCUUGGCUAUAUCAAAUCUGGGAAGGAAGAGGGGGCAAAGCUGCUGUGUGGCGGAGGCGCAGCUGCUGACCGUGGCUACUUCAUCCAGCCCACUGUCUUCGGAGACGUGCAAGAUGGCAUGACCAUUGCAAAGGAGGAGAUAUUUGGGCCAGUGAUGCAGAUCCUGAAGUUCAAGACGAUAGAGGAAGUUGUUGAGAGAGCCAACAAUUCCAAGUAUGGGCUGGCUGCAGCCAUCUUCACGAAGGACUUGGACAAAGCCAAUUACCUGUCCCAAGCCCUACAGGCUGGCACUGUGUGGGUCAACUGCUAUGAUGUGUUUGGAGCCCAGUCACCAUUUGGUGGCUACAAGAUGUCUGGAAAUGGCCGGGAGCUGGGAGAGUAUGGACUGCAGGCAUACACAGAAGUGAAAACCGUCACAAUCAAGGUUCCUCAGAAGAACUCAUAAAGAACCAUGCCUGCUUCCUUACUCAUCCAGUGAUGGGAAGUCCAGUGAGGUCAGCGCCAAAACCAAGAAGAACGACCCUUGCACACUGAAAGUCUCAAGAGAGAGAUUCUCCUACAAAAUCUCUUGGAUCAAGAAAGUCAUAGAAUUUGAAACAAUAAACAGGAUAGGUGUGUGGCAAAGAGUAUAUGGAAAGCCUUUUAAACUGCAAUAAUAUUUUUAACUUCCAGGGCAAUUUCUCAAAAACAGAUAAAUGUCUCAUCCUGUUCAUCUGGUAGGCUUUUGUAAUUUGCCAUUGUGGGGGAAGAGAAAGCCACUGUUUACAACUGUACUAACAUGGAGGCAACAGCUAGCGCCUUGUUUCGUAUUCUGGACUAAAGCUCAUUAAAAACAGGACUGCUCUUCGC